UAAAAGUGUCGCUGACAAAAUUGUGUUUUCUUUGUGCUCAGAGUCAUUCCAAUAUAUUUUAUAGAAAGGAGGUGUGGUAUACCUGUUCAAGUCAAAUAUCUGAAAAAGCGCGAAAUGAAAAUGCAACAUAUGAAGGAAGAAGUUCCGCUUCUUCCCCUGUCGUCUCUGCGCCUCCUGGUUCCUCCACUGCGCUUGGUGUCGGCAGCUCUGUGGCAUGUGGUUCAACAGAGGUGUGUCUCGGACUAUGGCUUAGUAGAGGAGUUUGUCACCACUGUGUUUGACAUUGUCCCUGAUAUGAUGUCUUACCGAGAGAGAGUUCAACUCAUCAUGGGGUUGAGAGCUCAGCUUGUUCUGGAGUUGUGUCGCUCAGAUCAUAUACGCAACUCUGAUUCCAUCCAGCAUCACCUGAACAGGAUGAAGACAAGCAUCAUCACUUAUGGAGAACAAAGCUGUGAUCCUGAGGUUAAGGCUUCUGAAUCCAACUUCCUGAAGUUGAUUGCAACGCUGCAGGAAGAUCCAGUGGAGAAAGAACAUUUCUUUCAGAAAGUUUUUCCAGAGGAAUUUGGCCCAAAAUAUCACUCAGCACUGGAGACUCUGGUGUGGGAUUUCCUCUCUAGGCUGGAGAAGCUGCUUCCAACACCAAACCUGCAACAGACGGCGUCCUGGUUCCUACCUGACCCCUGUGUUCUGGAGGAGUGUUUGCAGUCUGUGAGUCAUCCAGAGCCUCUGAGGACCCUUCUCCAGUACCACACCAAUUGUACUCCAGCCCCACAUACAGAGGCCAAUGCUCUGUCUUCUGGAAACAACCACCUCCUCUCACAGCUGCGUACUGCUCCCCUAGAGACAAUGGGAGCCUUCACUGAACAAGCUGACCAGCCCAACCAUACACAGGAAUUUAUGACCAAUCAAAGCCCUGACCAGCAGAUCCAGCCCAAACAUACGCAGGGAUUUGUGACCAAUCAAAGCCCUGCCUCAUCUGACAUUGAGUCAGAAACGACACAUUUGUUGGAUUACAUGGAGACUGAACAGGGGAGAGAUAGCGUUGAAAUGUUGCCUUUGAAUGAAGAGCUGGAGUCUGAUUUUGUAGAGUGUAUUAACCAGGAAAUUACAGCAAGAGACAUAAAUGAUGGGACACUUGACAAAGAGUCAGCAAAAGAUGAGAAAAUGUAUGAAGAUUUUCUCAACCUUCGUAGUGACAAUGGGAUAAAUAUUCUAGGAGUAGCCAGCAGUGAACAGGAAGUCCAAGAAAUGUCUCCGUUAUCACCUUCUGAUUGGCUGCGUCAGCCCAGAGUUCUCCUGCAAAGACUUGAGAUUUCUGAAAUGCUGUUACCCGAGUCCGAGUUCUCUUUAAAAUUGAGAAGAGAGGGGCUUCAUAUAGACCAUGAAGGAUUUCUAGGACAGAGAGGAGGACAGGUGAUAUUACAGAGGGGGAGGAAUGUCAAUGUACACCCUUCAGAUAGUCAACCUCUGUGUUCUUUAGUCUCUGACCCCUCCCAUAACCAGGGUCAAUUUCAAAGAAGCAAGCGUGUGAAAAUAUGCUCCUUCUGUGGAAAAGCUUUCAGGGAAGCGAAAGAUUUCACGGCACAUAUAAGAAGUCACACUGAGCAGGAACCUUUCUACUGCAUUCUGAGUGAACAGCAAUUUGAAAACCUUGAGAACUUCCAAAAAUGCCAGCAGAAAGUGUGUGAGGUGGCCGAUCAAACAGAAGAGGACAUCAUGUCCGCCACAUCUGUGGAGGAUUGGACAGAGACGGCCAACAAAACUGUACCCCAGAGAAGGCACUUGAAGAGAUCACUUGAUAAACCAAGACAGCCUUACCAAAUCAACAAGUGCUCCCUGUGUGACAAGACCUUCAGUUGGCUGAGAGGCUUGAAGGAGCACAUGAAAUACACACAUGGGAGAGUCCUGUGCCUCAACUGCGGGGAUGUUUUUGAGGGCUCAGAUUUUGCUAGCCACAAAGGGUGUUUGAAACGUCUCUCUUGCCCUUUGUGUGGGGACAUGUUUCAACUCACUGAGAGAAAACAGUGUGAGGAGCCAAACCCACAGAAACUGCCAAGUAAGGCCCACUCGGGUGUCAGCGCGCUUUCAUUUGAAAAUGUGACUAGGAUUCCGCCGCCCACAAACUGUGCACUGCAGAAUCCAUCUCACAUUCUACCCUUUCAGAUAGUUAAUGAUUACAGAACAUGCCUUUUGUGUAAUGAGUCUUUUGCUAAUAGAGAAGACAUGAGAAUGCAUCUGAAGUUUCAUCACUGCAUACUUCCUUACCCGUGUUUCAAAUGUGGGGAGAGUUUCCAAAGUCCACCUGAUCUGCAGAAACACUCGAACGAGUGUUCAGGCCGAAACAUUCCAGACUCCAGGAAGUGUCCACGUUGCCGGGUGAAGACUUCUAAAUAUACAAACCAGCAAGAAAUGACAAGUCCAGAAGUAAACCUUGAAAGACAUGAGCCGGACCAGCAGUUAUGUGCAGGGGACAAAAAUGUGGAGAGCCCUCAGUCUAGCACCACCAAAGUUGACGUCUCUAAUGACUCGCUGCAACACCAGCCAAACCAAACUUUCAGCCAAUCAAACUUAAUUGAAAGGGGCUUUUUCAAUCAGCAAACCACUCUCGCAGCAACUCCACCUAGAGCAAACGUGCCUGGUGAAAUUAACUUUCGCAGAGGACAAGCCUCAAGUGAGGAUGUCGAUGCUAGCCAACCCCUAAGAGAGGUUGACCCAGCAGAUAGAAGCUCAUCUCUGGCUUCAAGGGAGAACGGGACAGAGGUUCUCCAGACCCAUAGUUCUGAAACGUCUGCAGGUGCUGCUCCCACUCUGCCCCCCGGCGUGGAUUUAGACUGUAGAACAUGUCACUUGUGCUCAAAGACUUUCCGUCUGAGAAAAUCCCUGACCAUGCACCUGAGACGUCACGGCGAGGGCGCCAUUAAAUGUUCCAUAUGUUCAAAGAACUUUGCUUGUAACAAAGAAUUAUCGGGUCACUUGGCCAACAAAACAGGCUGUGGUCCAAUGCUUCGUAAUCGUAUCGCUGUAAUCCCUCCCGCAGAUUACAAGGCAGUCCACCUCACCUGCCCUGAUUGUCUGCAGCAGUUUACCAGUGAAAAUAAGCUGAAAUGUCACAUGGUGUAUCACACAGGAAAGGGGUUCUCCUGUAGCUUCUGUGGCAGAAUGUUCUUUGAAUCAAGGCAACUGGACGUGCACAUCCGCUCUCACACUCAUCGGCCAUAUUUGUGUGAUACGUGCGGCAAAGAUUUCACGUGUGAGAAUGAUUUGAAAGUACACAAGCAUGUUCACACCAGCGAGCGACCCUACGCCUGCACGGCCUGUGGAAGGAAGUUUAAAUUCAAGGGUAACCUGAAAUCUCACCAAAUGCUUCACACAGGAGAGCGGCCAUUUGCAUGCACGCUGUGUCAGGUACGCUGUCUCAAUAAUAGGCACCUGAAACUACACAUCAUGCGUCAUCACACGAAAGAAAGACCUUUUAAAUGUCAUGGUUGUGGGAAGGGCUAUAUACAGAAAAGCGAUUUGAGACACCACCUUGUUUUGAAGCCAAGUUGUCUUGUGGCUCAGAGUUAACAUGCAAGUGUGCUAUGUCUGUCACAUUCAGACUUUUUGAAUUAUUUACUGUCUUAUGCGUCAUUUUAUAAAAUCGUAUAUAUCUAUAAAAACUGCAUACGAUGGGAGAAACCCACUUAAUCACCCCUUCAAUUGGUAAUGACUUGUGGGAAACAACUUAUUAUAGAAAGUAACAUCUAACAAACCUUAAAGGGGUUGCCACUGCAUACAAGCCUGGAAGAGUCUUGAUUCCAUUGCAGAGGCCAAGGCUGUUUUGUUUGAACUUGUCUGGGUUCCCCUACUUACAACAAAUAAAAAAUAAAUCAUACUGUCAGUUCAUUUUGAUUAUUGUGUGCUUUUGUGUUAAUGUUCACU